ACAUCUGAACCAGUGCUUCGUGGUGAGGGGUAGUGUUGAUGUAACUUGGUCUGUGUACACGCUGGGAUUAUAUGUAAUCCCUGUGGGCAGGUAGACGCUGAAUCACCAAAGCAGCUUUCAUUUCAUUUACCAGGUCCCUGUGAUGGAGUGUCAGGUGUCUCGUUUGACGGGAGUUCACACCAGCCAAUUAAAUAUUCACUACGCUGUGCCAGUGUUCUUCUACCACUUACUUUGUCUGUACAAGAACAUGUCGACUUUAUCUUUGUUGCACACAGAAAUACUGUUGUUGGGUUUUUAUCGUGUGUAUUAUGGAAACCGCUGAAUGGACGAUUUGACCCUUAUUGCUCUUUUAAACCUCAAAGUCCAACUGACGUCACGUUUAAUUAUGUUUUUGCAGAAACACUGGACCCACAGUGAUUUACAGAGCAGCUGAGGAUUCUGUAGCAGACAGGAAACAUGCAGUAUAGUUUCAUUUUUACUUUUUACGUAAAAAACAGGACCAGUAAACAUGUGUAGAGUCAUGGAGCAUCAAGGCCGUGUGGGAGGAGUGGGUUUGGAUUAUGGGGCAGUGGGUUUUAAAGAUGUUCUCUGUUUCCCUCCAGCUUUAGUUUUCACGCUGUGAGGAGACAUUUUCUCUCUUGCUCUAAAAAUAUUCCCCAGCGUCUCCUUCGUGCUUGUACAAAGUAAAUAAGAGCCACGAUCCAGUCGGAGACUUUGUUCUUUCAUCUGAACAAACAGCCAAACAGACGUUCUCCUCAUGUGGUGAUCACAGUCAGCUGCUUCUACAUUAGAGCUCCUGUUGGAAUGUCAACACCAAACAAAGCUGCUGCAAACUGGAGAAGUCACGAGUUGAGCUGCGAGCCGGGUGCACAGCUGAUAUCAGACUCAGAACUCAGAGCAGCGCUCGUCUUCACGUUCAUGUGAGAAGAGGCUGAUUUCAGAAAGCAAGUGCAGAUUAGAAGUAAAUUAAUCUCAUGACUUGUCUGUGGAAGAUUGUUGAUUAUUUCUUCCCGAGAAGGUUUCACCCCUUUGGUUUGUUUAUCAGCAGGAUUAUGUAAAAACUGCUGAUAGGAUUUCCAUGAAACUCAGAGGCAGGAUGGAACUAAAUGUCCUUCAUGGUUAUUGAUGGAAAUAAUCAGACAUGUUCAGGAGACGAGAGUGUGACGUGUAUGAAUCAAUAUGAAUCAAUAUCGACUCAUGUGAAAAAAAUACAUAUUUGAUAAUAAAUAAAGCUAUUUUGGUUAAGAAUUCAGCUUAAAUUCAAUUUUGCAGGAGGUUUUCUAAAUGACUCUCCAGUUAUGAAAUAUAUGGAGGCAUUAGUCGAAUGUGGAGCAGAAUAUUCCAGUAGUGAAGAAGGAGGGGCCGGGAGGUGGAUAAAGUAAACAAACCUGCCCUGUAGCUACAUGGGGAGUGGUGUGUGUGGGUGGGGGGGGCAGCAGUAGUGUGUGUGUUCAGUUAACCUGAAGAAUGACUGAGUGCAGCAGCAUCUCACUGACCAGGGGACAUUUGCAGUCACAUGCUGUGUAAUUAGGUUUCACUGCUGGAUUUCUAAAUUGCAUCACAUGCAGUAUUUCUGUCUUGUGGACUUUGUUUUCCGACCAGAAUCCAUCAGAAAUGGACGCUCUGUGUCCCUCGCCUCCGGGACCAACCAGACCCCAGCGCCACUACGAGAGGAUCGGAGGGCAGACGGGAACUUCGUUCUGUCAGACUCUGAUUCACCUGCUGAAGGGGAACAUUGGGACGGGGCUGCUGGGUCUGCCUCUGGCUGUGAAGAAUGCAGGUCUGGUGCUCGGACCAAUCAGCCUCCUGUUCAUGGGGGUGAUCGCAGUUCACUGUAUGAGGCUGCUGGUCACUUGUUCUCACCACCUGAGUAUAAAGGUGAACCGGCCGUCUCUCACCUACGGGGAGGCGAUGCAGCACGGGAUGGAAAACGUGUCGUGGCUCAGGAGACAUUCCCAUUGGGGAAGACGAGUCGUGAACGUGUUCCUCAUCAUCACGCAGCUCGGCUUCUGCUGCGUCUACUUCGUCUUCCUCAGCGACAACGUCAAACAGGUGGUGGAAGCAGCCAACGCCACCACCUUCAACUGCUACAUGAACUACACCAAUCAGACGGAGGUGGUGGUGCCGAGCUUCGACUCGCGCCUCUACAUGCUCUGCUUCCUGCCCGCCAUCAUCCUGCUGGUGUUCACCCCCAACCUGAGAUACCUGGCCCCCUUGUCCCUGGUGGCCAACCUGGUGAUGUCAGCCAGCUUGGUUCUCAUCUACUGGUACUCCAUCACGAACAUCACAGACCCCACCGACCUCCCGAGAGUGGGCAGAGCUAAAGACUACCCCCUCUUCUUCGGGACGGCCAUCUUUGCCUUUGAGGGGAUUGGAGUGGUUCUUCCCCUGGAGAACAAGAUGCACAGGCCCCAGAGUUUCCCCCUGGUUCUGUAUGUCGGGAUGAGCAUCGUCACCUUCCUCUACAUCAGCCUCGGCACCAUCGGAUAUCUGUGCUUUGGAGAGCACGUGGUCGGGAGCAUCACUCUCAACCUGCCAAACUGCUGGACUUACCAGGCGGUGAAGCUCCUCUACUGCUUUGGCAUCUUCAUCACCUUCGCCCUGCAGUUCUACGUUCCAGCUGAGAUCCUCAUCCCGCCGGUGCUGGCCCGCGUCUCCCAGAGAUGGGAGAUGGCCGUCGACCUUCUGCUUCGCACCGUCUUGGUCAUCUUCACAUGCGCCCUCGCCGUCCUGAUACCGGAGCUGGACCUGGUCAUCUCGUUGGUCGGCUCGGUCAGCAGCAGUUUCCUGGCACUGAUCUUCCCCCCCCUCCUGCAGCUGGUGACUUUUUACCCCGAGGGCCUUUCGCCCAUGGUGACCGCCAAGAACACGCUCAUCAGCCUGGUGGGUCUGAUCGGCUUCCUCACGGGCACGUACGCCGCCCUGGAGCAGAUCAUCACCCGGAACAGUCUCAAAAACGAUGAGACGUUGUCCUCCUACAUGGUGCACUGAGGAGGAGCAGUGAGGAGGAGCACUGAAGAGGAGCAGCGAGGAGGUGCAGCGAGGAGGAGCAGUGACUCUCAGCAGGUGGGGUUGAACCACCAGGACAUUCUAGGGCACAUUUUAAGGUUUUGUUUUUCUUCUUUGACCUGCUGCUGUUGGACACAGCAGCGUCUUAGGAUCAUUCUCUGAGGUGUUUAGGCCGUGUAACGCUUUGUGACAUUGUGUGACAUUGUGUGACGUUGUGUGACAUUGUGUGACGCUCGAUGUCGUGUUUCAUUCGGUCACCUUCGUACUUCAGUGACCUGCAACUACUCACAUCUCGUCAAUCACAGCCUCUUAGCGCAAUUUUCAUGAUAACAAAAUGACAGUUAAGGCUAAAUAAUUCCUUCAUGUACAGAAUCAAGGGUUUUCGAGGUUCAGCCUGAAAAUAUAUAUAUAUAUGUUUUAAAUAUUUCAUUCAGAAAAUCCAACUACCUCACAAACUGGUAUCGAUUUGGUCUUUUAAAAAUGUUUCCAAACCCCUUCAGCCCAAACAGCGUCUCGCUUAGAUCUUCUCUAGUUGAACUAAUCAUGCAGAAAAAAGUUUUUAAUAACAAUCUUCAUGUUGUGUUGCACUUUAACUCAUGCCUUACUCUGCGAACCAGAACGACUCUGAGGGUAGUUUAGACCCAAAUUGCACAAACUGUAAAAAUAAAAAAUCAGAACAAAACUGCGACGAAGUAUAAGGUCACUUAAAUGGAAUAAAUACUAAGAGAAUAAAGUCCUAAUAUUAGAGAAAGUGUGAUAGUACAAGAAUUAGGUUGAAAUCUGAUUAUUACGAGAAGUGAAGGAGGAAAUGUUUCUUCAUGAUCGACUGAGGUCGUUGGUUCGGUGUCGUAUUCAAAAGCUUUCAGAGUUUUUCAAGGAGUGAAACUCUCCUCGAACCUUUUUCUCAAAAUAUAACUUUUAACAUCACAUCACACUUUAUUCUUUGUUACGACUUUAUUCUAAAUAUUUGUCCCUUAUAUUCCAUCUAACAAACAGUGUUGUGUAUCAAAACGUUUCUGAAUUUGAAUCCAGUUCUACAUGAAUUAGAACAUUCAAUCUUUUGCCUUGUGCUUUUCACUUUAGCAGAUCCUGACAGUGAGAUUAUCACCUGCUCGGUCACACCGAGUAAAUCUCACUGACAAAAGGAAACAGAGGAUUCCUCAUCGUGUAAUUCAGACGUGUGUGUCUCAUAAGUAUGAUCAUGAUGAUAAUAAGAGCUUCGUCUUAUAAUAACACAAAUAUACAAACUGUAGUUUGAGCAUUUUAUCUGUGGCUAUUUAACAGACUGUAAACACGUCUUCUUCUUACUGUACAAAAGGGAAGCCAAAAUAUCUUGGAUAUGAAACCAGUCGUGACCCCAUAUUUAGCAGUUUGGUCCUGGUCCCAUCCACUAACAUGGAGGAGGUAGAGUUUAUGACCAGUACUGCAGCCAGCCACCAGAGGGUGAUCCAGAUGUCUUGGCUUCACUUUUGAGGAUGAGUCAUGUCGUCCAUCUUUCUUUUCGGGGUCUGGUCCAGAUGUUUCAGGAUGUUUUGGUCGGGUCGUUUAAAAAGGAAAAAAGGGAAGUUUCUUAAAUGUUGUUUGUCAAAUUGUUUUUUCUUUGUUUAUCCUUGUUAUGAACUUUAAUAAUCAGCCUCAACAUCUGCAUUGAAAAUGCUGCUUUACAGAGGAGAAACUACUGAUUCACGUAAAAUCUAAAGGAAAAUAAACAUUUGACAAAAAAUCUAAAAGAUUAUAUUUUAUUUUUCACUUACGUUUUAAAAGCCAGGAAGAAACCCGAUUCUCUGAACCAAACUUUAAUAUAUUUCAGCUUGAACAAGUUCAUCAGUGUUUAUGUGGGACCUCUUCUGUGUAACAAUUUCUUUUGUUUUUUUUUCUGUCUUUAAAACUUUAUUAUUUUUAUGAUCCGAUUCUUUUUUUUUUAAAUGUGUUUUUAUGUUUAAAUGUAUUUACAAAGAUUAAUUCUGUAUUUUUAAAUAGUUUUUUAUUCACGCAGCAUGCAUCUGUUAGAGCUUACGACUAAGUUUUAUUUCAGUGUCCUCACAGAGACUCUGCAUGUCAUGUAACAUGUAUGUAGAAUAAAACCCGACUUCCCGACGAGCCGGAGGAACCAGGUUCCGACUCGAGCUUCAGGCGAAACGUGGAACUCGUCACUUUGUCGUUUGUCUUGAAACAUUUUCUGAGAGUCUCGAGUCUCAUGUGUAAAGAUGUUGAUGGUUUGUUUCACGGCUGAAUUAGAUUUGUGUUAAUAUACAUCGUGUACAAAUGUAAUCUUUGAUGAGGACGUUCAGUUCCCCACAGACGACGCAUCUCUUCAACCUGCUCAGUAUUUUUGAAUCAAACAGUUCAUCACAGCUUGUCGCUCAGAGUAAAUAACAGUUAAAGUA